AUGGAAAGGGUUUCCGACAGUGCAAAAUCUUUGGCUUCAAGUUUUCGAAAGGGAUCCUAUGCAAGGAAACCAGAUUUCUGUUUCCUUUCAAGAGUAGCUGGAACUAUCCAAGAAAUUUUAUAUGAGGAGACAUCCUCUCCUUUUAUCAAUCUUCCAAACAAGAUCCUUGAUGAUCUAUACAAACUGUUCCAGUUCGGACAUGAUUCAGAAGUUAUGAUGACUACUGAAUUAAUUUCAGAGAAUAUUCAAUACUUACCAAACUAUGAGGAAUUGUGGAAAAGGCUAUGUGAUGUUGAGCUAUUUCUCCUUCAAACUUAUGGUGGGUCUCAUACUAAUUGA